AUGGCGCUGCUGCAGGCGCCGCCGCCGCUGUGGGGGCUCUGCUUGGCGCUGCUGCUGCCGGCGCUGGCGCUGGGCUCCCUGGACGCCGAGGACUCGCCGGGCGGCGCCAACAAGACGACCGACUUCCUGAUCGCCUCCGUCAAGUGGGACCACGUCAAGGACCCCUACAUCAUCGCCAUCUGGAUCCUGGUGGCCAGCCUGGGCAAGAUCGUUUUCCACCUGUCCCACAAAGUUACCAGCGUGGUUCCGGAGAGCGCUCUUCUCAUCUUCCUCGGCAUCUGCCUGGGCGGUGUUGUGUACGCAGCCGACCACAGUGCUUCCUUUACCAUGACGCCAACUGUUUUCUUCUUCUACCUGCUACCUCCCAUCGUCUUAGAUGCUGGAUACUUCAUGCCAAACCGACUGUUCUUUAGCAACCUGGGCACCAUUCUUCUCUAUGCUGUGGUUGGGACCAUCUGGAACGCUGCUACGACGGGCCUGUCACUUUAUGGGGUCUACCUCAGUGGAAUAAUGGGCCAUCUGAACAGCGGACUGCUGGAUUUCCUCUUGUUUGGCAGCCUGAUUGCUGCAGUGGAUCCCGUCGCUGUCCUAGCAGUCUUUGAGGAAGUCCACGUCAACGACGUCCUCUUCAUCAUUGUUUUUGGAGAAUCGCUCCUCAAUGACGCCGUGACUGUGGUGCUCUAUAACGUCUUUGAUUCCUUUGUCGCCAUCGGAGCUGACAAAGUGACAGGUGUGGACUGUGUCAAAGGCAUAGUGUCUUUCUUCGUGGUGAGCCUGGGAGGCACCUUAAUCGGCGUGGUCUUUGCAUUCUUGCUCUCACUCAUCACUCAUUUCACCAAGCACGUCAGAAUCAUCGAGCCGGGAUUUGUGUUUGUGGUCUCCUACCUUUCUUACCUGACAGCUGAGUUGCUUUCUCUUUCUGCCAUCCUUGCUAUAACGUUCUGUGGUAUCUGCUGUCAGAAAUACGUCAAGGCGAAUAUCGCUGAGCAGUCUACCACGACUGUGAGGUACACCAUGAAGAUGCUGGCUAGUGGUGCAGAGACUAUUAUUUUCAUGUUCCUGGGAAUUUCAGCUGUGGAUCCUCAAAUCUGGACUUGGAACACUGCUUUCAUUCUCUUAACGUUGGUCUUCAUCUCUGUCUACAGGGCCAUUGGUGUCGUCCUACAAACCUGGAUGCUGAACUAUUACCGCAUCGUCCCGCUCGGGAUCAUCGACCAAGUGGUGAUGUCAUAUGGCGGCCUCCGUGGAGCGGUGGCGUUUGCUUUAGUUGUGCUUUUGGAUAAAAAUAAAGUGAAAGAUAAAGACCUGUUUGUCAGCACAACCAUCAUUGUUGUGUUUUUUACAGUGAUAUUUCAGGGUUUAACCAUAAAGCCUUUGGUGCAGUGGUUGAAGGUGAAGAAAAGCGAGCACAGAGAACCCAAACUGAACGAGAAACUCCAGAGCAGGGCCUUUGACCACAUCCUAUCAGCGAUUGAAGACAUAUCUGGUCAAAUAGGAAACAAUUACCUGAGAGAGAAAUGGACCAACCUUGACAGGAAAUACAUUAGCAAAGUACUGAUGAGGCAGUCUGCUCAGAAAAAAGAUCAGAUUUUUAAAGUUUUCCAGGAGCUGAACUUGAAAGAUGCCAUUAGUUACGUGGCUGAGGCAGAACGAAGAGGUUCUCUGGCAUUCAUCCGCAGUCCAAGCAUCGAUAAUCCGGCCAUCGUGGAUUUCAGCUUUAUUAAUCAAAUCAAAGGAGAUUCUUCCGUCUCCCAGUUAGUGAGAGACACGGCCAGUUCUGUCUGUCUCGAUAUGCAGGCGCUGGAGCAGAGAAGGAAGAGCAUCCGAGACACAGAGGACAUGUUCACUCACCACACGCUGCAUCAGUAUCUUUACAAGCCCAGGCAGGAGUGCAGACAUCUAUACAGUCGCCAUGAAAUACCUUCCAAUGAAGAAGAGAAGCAGAACCACGAGAUUUUCCAGAGGACCAUGAGGAAACGCCUGGAGUCGUUCAAGAGCGGCAAACAAGGCAUCAGCGUCACCAAGAAGAACAAGAACUUUACGAAAGACCGAGCCCAGAAAAAAAGAAACAGUAAUGUCAUACCAAAUGGAAAUCUGCAUACAGAAGCCACAAGGGAGAAAGACACUGAGGUUCCUGAAGUUGAGAAUGAUUACGAAUAUACCCAGACAGGGCGGGCAAUAGAUUUCCUUGCGAAUGUCACCAGACAGAACUUCACAGACAUCGGUGGUAAGGAGAUGAAGAUGUGAUUUCAGUUCAUCAAUAUUAUCAGAGCACUGUCAGUUCAUAUUUAAGUAAGAACUGAGUGCAGAUUUAUGACUUCAUAAUGGCCACUGAAACAGAAGAGAAUGCAGAGUUAAAUCUUAUGCAUGUUCCACAUUUGAAAUCAAAUGCCUAUUCAGUCCAACGGCUUAAAGCAAGAUUUGGAUUUCCUGAUGAAACGAAGAGGUUAUAUGGCAUUGCAUUUUGCCAUCUCAAACAACAUUUGUUUUUCUGCAUUCAUUUUUGACUCUGGAAGGGAAAGAGAGCUUUGCAACAUGAAAGAGAGAAAAACAGAAAUGAUCUGAUUUUAGAUAGACAACAUGCCAAAAGAUGCCAGUCAAAAAUAUGGGUAUUGGCGUCGUCAGAAGGGCUCCUAGACAAGUUCAGGCCGGAUUUUUUUUUUA